ACUUAGUCAUGUUGGCACCUGACGCGCGAAAUGUCCUCGGCUCUGGAACUCGUUGCAUUGUAAUCCAGCCGACAGUUUGCCAUUCCUUAUUAGUCUUGUCGACGGCCUAGCAGAAUCAACACUCUACAGCUUGUGUGAUAUUCGAAAUGCCACUCUGCGAGCUCUGCAGAUCAAUUUCUUUGGAGCGUCUCCCUGCGCUCCCUUCUUCCUACUGGAGCGGGAACGGGUCGUGGAAGUAUAUCCAUGCCUUCUAUUCUGGCAAACAGAACAACGAACCAAUAGACCCUGUCGGAAGGCCAUAUCAUUCCAGUGUAGAAAAUAUACGAAACUCUGCGGAACAAUGCGAUCUCUGCAAUUUGAUUCUGCGUGCAGUGGGCAAAGUAAUUACGGAACUCCAUGGCGGCACGGAAGAGAAAAUGGUCCGACACAACAGCCGACCGGGUCGUCUGACAUUUGAGUUGUCCCUUACAAGGAGACGAGACGGCGGUGAUGGAUUCUGGGUGUUCUCAAAGAGUGAAGACUCACAAAUAAUCUAUCUUGUGGCUGCUAUCGGGGUUUGCGUUCGAGACGACGAUCCUCUCAGGUGCAUAUUUAUUGGCCGCCCCGUAGAGAGAGACUCCGGGAGUAGCAGAAGCUUAGACAGAGCCGUAAAAUGGGCGAAGCAGUGCGAUGAACAUCCUGAGUGUAGCAUUAGAACGACACCACUUCCAUUUCGUAUACUCGAACUAGGAGACCACAAUGAAGCCAUAAAGCUUCGCGAGACUGAUGGUGAGUCAGGCCACUACAUCACGCUCAGCCAUUGUUGGGGCAAGUCAAAGCAAUUCAUGACCACUCGCGCGGCAAUGGCUACACAUCUAUUAAAUAUCAACUUCAACGCACUACCGAAGACCUUUCAAGAUGCAGUCACGAUAGCUCGAGCUCACCGGGUGAGAUACAUCUGGAUUGAUAGCCUUUGUAUCUGUCAAGAUGACGGCGAAGACUGGCAGAGAGAAUCCGCAAAAAUGGCGUCUGUCUACUCUAAUUCGUAUCUCAACAUUGCAGCCACAUUUGCGAAGGACAGCACUGGGGGCUGCUUUGCUGUCCGGCCACCUAGACGGCAUGUCAGUAUCGAUUACACCUCACCGAAGGGGGAAAGUGGAGAGCUCCUAGCUUUUCUACUUCCCUUACGAGAAGAGGGAUUUGGUGGUUAUCUGAGCCUGGAAAACGAACCCUUGACAGAGCGAGCGUGGGCAUUGCAAGAACGCGUCUUAUCUCGUCGAAUACUUCACUAUGGAACACACCAGAUGUACUUUGAAUGCAAUCGCGGCUUUCUUGGCGAGAACGGCCUCCAAUUACCGUAUCGAUUCAACGCCCUUAGUGGCACCACAGAAGAGCAUCCGGAAACUAUUUCCCAGAGCCACAAAGUUAAAUCAGCACUAGGCCAGUGGAAUAAUCUUGUCCAGGCUUACGGAGAACGCAAACUGACAAACCCCUCCGAUAAGCUCCCCGCGCUGUCUGGUCUUGCUCGGAUUAUUGGAGAGCGACUCCAGGAUAGCUAUGUGGCUGGCCUGUGGCGUAAUCAUCUCGUUGAAGGCCUGUUGUGGGAAAGUCUUCACUAUUCCCCACUCCUCAACGAUAAAUAUCGCGCGCCCUCGUGGUCUUGGGCGUCUUUUGGUGGAUCUGUGGGUAUUAUGGACACCUCUGUUAAAUUAGAGUCCAUGGCGAAGAUACUGGACUGCCAUAUUCAGUUAAAAGGAUUGAAUCCAUAUGGGGAAGUGACGAGUGGUUAUAUCAGACUCCAAGCGCCCCUUGUCCGUCUCUUUAUCGUUGAGCAAGAUGCGAGUGAGUUCGCAGGUGUGCCAUAUGAGAGGAACCCGAGAUUGCAUACGGAGAGUGGAGAUGCAAGAGGAGAGUACUCGCGGCUUGACUAUUUUCACUUUGGGAAAGCAACACCUAAUGAUAGUCUGGCAUUGGUGGCUAGCUUGAAGGAUACAAAGCUUUUCGCCCUUGUUCUUGCGAAAGUCAGUAAAUGGGAGGGAAAUAAUGCUUUCGAUUAUCGCUGCUUGAUUGUGUCUGCUGUCGAGGGUGGAAGUCCAGAAAUGAGGCGGCUAGGCUUCAUUGAUUUGGAUGAGAAGAGCCUUGGGAAUGGUGUUCUUGGUUCCUCUGAGCAACCAAUCAUUACGCUAUUGUGAGUAUUCCAAGUGCACAACCGUAGACUGAUAGGGGCUGCGGAUGUACCUUAUCUAUUUGAUCUUUAAUCCACGGAUGAAUGAAUGAAUAAGGCGUAUUAGUACGACGGAGAACUACAGAGAAAAUCCCACGAUUUAUGUCACAUAGCUUACUUCUUUCACUUCAGCAAACACAAUCCAAAUGGUCCCGUGAGUGAGUUAAGGUGCAUGGUUUUGGUGUCCGAAUGACGGCUGCCGUCUAGUAUGUAGAUUGAUCCGUCUCUACCUAAGCAGCCAAUUUGAGAUCAUCUGCAGCACCGAGGUCCUCUAGGUGCAUCUUAGAUAAGUCUAGUCC